AGGGCACGGGCUGUAGCUCAUUCCGACCACUGCUUCUCUCCCAGGAAUCGCUUUUAGGGGGGUCUUCAGGUUCUUUUUUUGGGGGGGGCCACCUUCACUCUCAAGUUUAAGCAACACAAAAUGGCACCUAAGAAGGACGUUAAGAAACCAGCAGCAGCAGCAGCAGCAGCACCCGCACCCGCGCCAGCACCUGCACCAGCGCCCGCUAAACCCAAAGAACCAGCCAUCGACCUCAAGAGCAUCAAGAUCGAGUUCUCCAAGGAGCAGCAGGAUGACUUCAAGGAGGCCUUCCUCCUCUUUGACAGGACUGGUGAUGCCAAGAUUACCCUGAGCCAGGUCGGUGACAUCGUUCGGGCACUGGGACAGAACCCCACAAACGCUGAGAUCAACAAGAUCCUGGGCAACCCCAGCAAAGAGGAAAUGAAUGCCAAGAAGAUCACUUUUGAAGAGUUCCUGCCCAUGCUGCAAGCAGCUGCUAACAACAAGGAUCAGGGUACCUUUGAAGACUUUGUUGAAGGUCUGCGUGUUUUCGACAAGGAAGGCAACGGCACAGUCAUGGGGGCUGAGCUCCGCCAUGUACUGGCUACACUGGGCGAGAAGAUGACAGAAGAGGAAGUAGAAGAACUGAUGAAAGGUCAGGAAGACUCCAACGGCUGCAUCAACUACGAGGCAUUUGUAAAGCACAUCAUGUCUGUCUAAGUGGACGUCCCCAGAUAACAAAUGUGUUUCUUCAGCCAAAGGUGAUUUCAAAUCGAACUCUUCCAUUCCUUCCUAGAACAAGUUGAAUUCGGAAAGACCAGAUGGCACCUAAGAUCUGCCUGAGUGAAAUUCUUGCUCUGGCAGUCAUCAUCAACAUGGAAACUGCGUAGGACUGGACAAUAUGCCUCCAAACCCACUACUUUUCUUUUUAACCAGUGCAUCCAUAGGCAUUGCCUCUGGGUCACUUCCAAAAACUGAACUUUCACCAGGGAGAGUUAGAUGGAAAAACUGCCACUGUCCAGCACUCAUCCAUCCCAAACAUCUCUUUCCAUGUUGUUUCCCAUGAAAGAAUGUAAACCUCUGGAAAAAUAAAGCAUCAGUAAAUCCCUGUUGUCA